GCGCAGACUCGAACACAAUCGAUGAACAUAUCCGUCAUCCGCCGCCAUUUGCCCAAGGAAGGCCGAUCGCUACUUUGAGGUGUAGCGCAGUGUCGUCGGUUCGACUAUGUCGAGUGCAUAAUUUGUUUUUUUUGUCCAAUUAAACUGUGAACUGACUGUGCAUUUAAUCAGUUAAAAUGAUUGUGAGGUUUUUAAGCCUUUUGUGGGUCGGAGUUUUGCUGGUUUCGGCACACAACGGCGAAGGAAACAACGAUAAUGAAGACAUUCCAUACUUGGAGCUCGCGGAGCCAGAUGAGGGAUACCAUGGGCUGAUCAGAGAGAACGAGACAUUGGUGGAAGUGAGGCCUACGAUACGGGCCAGGGGUCCAUUAUGCUCCUUCCUCAUACUGAAUAAUAAGCAUCAUGGGGAGGCGCCGUUUGAGAUAAUGGUGAUUGACGAGAAUGAGGCGCGACUGCGGGUCAGGUACCCGCUAAACUGUGAAAAGAGACGGAACUACAAAUUUGACAUCGCAGCUGUCGGAUGUGAUGGCUCCUACUCUAACACCGUCCCAGUCCACAUAACAGUAACGGAUGUGAACGAAUUCGCACCAAUAUUCAGCCAAGCAGCGUACGUUCGAUCUGUGGACGAAGGCAAAAUUUACGACGAAAUUGUUAAAGUAGAAGCCACUGAUCGGGACUGCACACCGCGAUAUGGAGAUAUCUGCAAAUACGAGAUCUUGACUGAUAGAAGCCAACCGUUUACUAUUAAUAAUGAAGGUGUAAUCCGCAACACGGAACCUCUAGACUACGAGAAAUCCCACAAUCACAUCUUAUCAGUGGUGGCGUACGACUGUGGGAUGAUGCAAUCCGCACCAGUCAUGGUCACCAUCAAAGUUAACAAGCCCUGCAGAGCUGGAUGGAAAGGAAUCGCAGAACGUGUGGACUACGCUCCCGGCACUGGCCCUCUGGCCCUAUUCCCCGCUGCAAGAUUGGAAGCGUGCUCAAGUGACGAACGCUGCCCCGGCGUGACGCGGAUUCAGGCCGCCGUGACCCUGCAAGCGUCACGCGUGGGUGUCGCAUGCGAUCGCGACACGUAUACGUUGCAGGCACAGAAGUCCAUUUGCGGUAUGGAAUCCAACACGAUUGAUUUACUACCAAGCCCUGGCGUCGGCAACGAAUGGACCAAGUCUUUGAAGCCUGAUUCGGGUCGCGACGGUGAACAAAUGUUUGAAUUCGACGGCGAGUCUACGUCAGCCGUGGUGCCAGAAUCACUGAUGAAGCACACCUUAGGGACCACCUUCUCAGUCUCCACUUGGCUCCGUCACGCCCCACCGCCGGACCACGACAAGCAUCGCAAAGAGCACAUCCUAUGUCUCGCUGAUGACCAUAAAAUGAAUAGACACCACUACGCGUUGUUUGUGCGAAACUGUCGUCUUAUCCUUCUACUGAGGAGAGACUUUGGAGAGGGUGAUCUGAACAUCUUCAGACCUGCUGAGUGGCGCUGGAAGCUACCAGAGGUGUGUGACGAUGAAUGGCAUCACUACGCUGUCAACGUACGUUUCCCGAACGUAGAGUUGUACGUUGACGGCGAGCUUUAUCGCGCGUUGGACGGAAAGGGACCGGAAGUUAUUGAUGACUGGCCUCUUCACCCCGCCCAUGGAAUUAAUACUACGCUCGUGGUUGGGGCUUGCUGGCAAGGUACAGAAAGCGACAUGAAGCACCACCUCCAUGGAUGGAUGGCAGGUCUUGGUGUGGUCGAAGGCGAAGUUCAAUCACCAGCGGCUUUACGCUGUGCCGCUAGAUGUCGCGAGGGAUUGUCUUUGGCGCCUGAUCUAUACCUGAAAUCUGUGUCGGUGGAAGGAGACGGCGCAUCCGAAGUUGAGACUUUGGUGCGUCGUGUCGCGUAUGGUGAUGCACGAUCAUUCCCGACCCCUGGAAGACGCAACGUACAUCUUGAUACUACUAUUACUUGUGAUAAUGGCCGUGUGAUCAAAGCGAGACCGGCUGAAUCAUACGUGAUGGUACUCUCACCCCAAACGCCAACAAUUCUGCUGAAUGGCAGCUCUGAUGCUGCAAGGGACUACGCCCAUUUCAGAGCCGGUCUUCCAGUUUUUCCGGACUUGGAAGUUAAGGUUUUAUUAUCACGUGAUAGGGAUUCGCUGAGAGAAGCAGAAACACAAAAAUUAGAUUCGUGCGUCGUAUCCGUAUAUCCGGCUUUGAAUCCGGAUCAUGAAGCUCUCGCUCUACGCGGACACUCGGUCCUACCCGCUUCGGAUAUCCAGGCAACGCUUACUCGGGAUGGAGUCAGUUUAACUGGUGCAGAUACUGUGCAUAAUUAUCAAAAGGUCCUACGUGAAAUCGAAUAUAGCAACAAAAAGCCUGCCUACUACCUCAACCGCGUGUUCAAGCUAACGUGCUCGGAACUCAACGGACGGUUUACGAGCAACGAAUACGUACAAACGUUGACAGUGGUUCAUCCCCGAGCGGCUGGUGAAUUACACGCUCAAAGGCCAAGUGGACUAGCCGAUAAACUUGAUGCUGUUGUAAGAGAUAAGUCUGGUGAGGCAGCAGUGGCCGCUCAAGUACCGCGUGCGUUCGCUGCUCAUGCCCUGCACUCCAUACAUUCCGCUGAUAUGCCAUCACCGCGUUUAUUGGAUAUUCAUCAUAAUGAUAACAACAACGUAGCCCUAGUGAUCGGCGCGGUUUGCUUCGGCGCCGUAGUCGUGCUUAUAGCCCUGGGCAUCGCCCGAGCACGUGCAGCGCGACACGACGCGACAUCGCGCGAUUCACGUGCGACUGUUACGCGUCACCGUGUGCCAGCAAACGACUCUGAAAUGGCCUGGGACGAUUCUGCGUUGACGAUCACUGUCAACCCUAUGGACGAGAGCGCCCCUAAAUGUGGCGUGUCGACGAAUGGCGCAGUGGCGUGUGACAGUUCGGACGAGUCUUGCUCCGAUUCUGACACUGACAGGCAUGAUUCUUCCGACGAAGAGGAUGAAGUAAUACAAGGAAAGCAGCACAAGUACAGAAACAUAAGCCAGCUAGAGUGGGACAACAGCACGAUGUAAGCGUGCCGUUUCGCUCGCACACAGUACUUAACGCACUAUCGCCCUCUCACUCUCGCCCGCGCAAACACUGUAUCUCCGACUCGCUUGCACAAAGGGAUAUGUAUUGAUAUUUGGAUGAGAAAAAUAUAAAGAUCGCAUAUGAUCCGCAAAUUGUUAAUAUGUACACAAUUUCUUUAUUAAUGAAAUUUGUAUUUUAUUCUUUUUAUACAUGUUUUGUUUAUCUGUUCUUGUUGUCUUUGACAUCUGUGUAUAUGUUGACAGUAAUUUCUUCACAGAAAAGUUGAUACGUUAAAAUUAGUUCGUCGUGUUUAUUUAGUAAUACAGUCAAAAUCUAUUAUAACGACAUCGAACUACUCAUAUUUGGAUAGAAGAAGUAAAGAGAAGAUGAAUAGAUACGAUGAAGCGGGCUUUGGGCGUCGAUUAUACUGCAUUGACGUGUACCUAUUUUUUUUAAUACAACAGACCGUAAACUCAAGUCGUUUUUGUGUUAUUUUGCGAUAUUAAUUACUUUAAUGUUCCAGAUGUGGAAAUUCAAAUGAAACGGCUGGUCAUUCUAAGAGAUAUAAUUCUCCGAAAAUAUUACCUAAAUGUAAUGCUAAUAGAGAUAUGUUGUAAUGUUUUGACACAUUUUAAGAAGUGUAUUGUAUUAGGUUCUUAAUAACAACGUCAUCGGCUGUUACGACUAUCGGUUUUUACGACCAAAUAUGAGUAAUCCUUUCGAUAUCAUUAUAAUAGAUUUUGACUAUAUCACUUGUUAUAAAUUAAGUAUUACAAUUAAUAAUAAUUUAAAAAAAAAAACAGUUUCAAGGAAGCCAGCGCAUUAGCAAAUUGCGGUUCGCAAAUCUCGAAUAUCUUCAUCAAAUACUAUUUAGAAUACAAAUUUUAUUUAACUCAUAUCAAUAAAUGUCCCAACGCGAGAAUUUCGCACAUUUAUAUAAGGAAUUGAUUUUGUAAAAUGUUAAAGGGACAAUCGGUAAGGUUAGGCCAAAAUGGCCAUGCCAGUCUCAAAAUAAUCAUAUCAGAUUUAUACGUAAUUAUUUCGCUUGCUUUAGAAUCAAAGGCUUUUCUAUGUUUCUAUAUGAAAUAGUAGGCGGUUGUAAGAAUAGUUAAGUAUGUAAAAUAUAUUAUAAGCGGUUCGAUAUAAUUUCGCCCACAUUUCGUGACUUCUUCAACCCGAAGUAAUACGUGUUAACGCACGUACGUACGUGUACGUACGUGCACGUAAAAUAGCGAAUUCUUAAUUCGAGCCCAUUUUAAUGAAAUUAUCUUGUCCAACGCUACAAGUCCCCGAUACCAGCAUUUAUUUAGUACAAGCGAUACGUACAAACCGUGUAGUUUAUCCCUUUCGAGCUUUUUGACGGCUUAAAUUAUAUUAGGUACAGAGUUUGAAAUAUAGACUUACACAUAUACUAGGUCACUACUAAACUAUAUAUAUAUUUUGAAUGCGUUAAGAUUUUUACUAACAAUUAGAUAAGUACGUGUUAGUGUGCGCACGCACAAGGGUUCUCCCCUAAGUAAGUAUAGUUAAAAUGUUUCUCGAACGGCACUUGCAUAUCAGCCUUAGAAUUAUCGAUUGGCGGUUUUUUGUUGGUUUUGUCGGUUUUAUGCGUUGCGCGUGCCGUCCGGAUUUUUUUUGAAUUUGUAUUACAGAUAACGUGCCGCGAAACGCGGGUAGAAUAUACGAAAGGGCUCAUGUUUUAUGUUGAAAUGAGGGUAGUUGUAUUGUUUAUGGCAGCUUAUUAAUCCUGACCUUAUAAGCAGAUUCGUUAAUGUUUUAGUGCCAUAUCUAUGCGUUUUCUGUAACUACCGUCCAAUGCCCUUUACGAUAAAUUUAAUCCGUUUUGGUCCAGCACUUGAUGCACAAAUGCAGGCGUUUUGAAAUAUUUUCGUAUUAUUUUAUGGUAGCUAUUAUUUUUUAAGUUUUUUUUGUAUUCUGUAUUAACUGUAUUAAUUAGGUACUUCUUUGAUGUAUGAAUUAUUAUAUUUUAGCUAAAAAUAAAGUUGUUUUAAAAUA